AGGACAAUGCGGCUAGCGGCUUAGUUUCUUGGUCUCCACUUGCGAAAGAAACGUGGACUCACGGAAGACUUGCGGGGCAUUUCUGGAAAGAACACAGGCUGACUUGUUCAACUCUGUAUGCUCCAUUGCUGUGGUUCUGUGGGGCUAGAGGAGCAGAUUGGCAAGUGAAGAAUGCUGUCAGAAGGUUAUAUCAGUGGGAUUGCCUACUGGAAGGACAUCCAGUGGGACUGUGCAUCUCAGCAUGAACAAGUGGCUGAGGAAAAGGAAGAGGAGUCAAAUGCGGAUGCUGGUCUUGCCUAUUCCUCUGUGGAUGACACACAGGUGAGAAGUCUCUAUGUGAGCUGCAAAUCAUCUGUCAAGUUUAUUUCCUCAGUGCCUUCAAGAGAGAGUCAACCCAGCAGAAGCCAGAGAGUCACGGUGCUGCAGACAACCCCCAACCCUGUGUAUCAAAGGCCAACCUUGACCACAGUUGAAAUCUGUAGAGACCACAAUUCCAGUAGAGAAACCUACUUGGUGCCACCAUCCUGCAAAAGUAUUUGCAAGAAUUACAAUGACUUACAUAUUGCAGGGGGCCAGGUGAUGGCCAUUAAUUCAGUGACGACAGGUUUUCCCUCCGAGAGCAGUUUUGAACAUGGCCCUUUGCUGAAGUCAUCAGAGAUACCUUUGUCCAUGGAGGAUUCCAUUUCCACUCCACCCAGUGACUUUCCCCUCAAACCUAUCCAGCGCUACUCAUCCUACUGGAGAAUAACAAGCAUCAAAGAAAAAAACAGCCUGCAAAUGCAGAAGCCUAUUUCGAACGCGGUGUUGAACGAGUACCUGGAGCAGAAGGUGGUAGAGUUAUAUAAGCAAUACAUUAUGGACACUGUGUUUCGUGACAAUUCCCCCACCCAGAUUCUGGCAUCUGAACUGAUCAUGACAAAUGUGGACCAAAUUAGUCUUCAAGUGUCUCGAGAGAAAAAUCUGGAGACUUCAAAAGCCAGGGAUAUAGUCAUUAACCGUCUGCUACAGUUGGUGUCCAGCGAAAUCAGCACUCCUAGUCUCCAUAUUUCUCAGUAUAGCAAUGUGAAUCCAUAGCGAGUAGGCUACCAUUCAUCUGUCACAGCUACUCAACCCCCAAGCAAGACAGUCUGACAUUUACUCUGACUAUGUGCAGGAGGAGUGUGGAAAGGAAGUCAAGAGCUAGGGAAGGAAAGGUUGGCUGAAAGUCAGGUGUGAAUUGAGGGGGAAAGCUCAUAAUACUACACACAAUGAAGGCACGUUGGAAGGACCUGUGAAGAGGUCUUUCAGAGAGGGCUUGACAGCACAUUAUAAAAAGUAAAAAUGAUCCAAAAAAAGAAGAGGUAAUGAUUUAUUUAAAGGGGUCUAGAGAUUGGUGUGUGUGUGUGAGAGAGGGGAAUAUAAACCAAAUAAGAAACAUAUCACAGCAGAAUGAAAGUCAAAAGACUUCAAAGUACACAGUUAACCAUUUGUUUAUUACCUAGAUCAAUCUCUUCAAGUUGUUUCUCCAAGUGAGCCAGGGGCUGUAGAAGGCAGUUACAGUUGGGUAUAACAUUGGGCUCAGACCUUUAAAAAAUAAAUGUUUGAUAUGCCUCUA